CGAAAGGGAGCUUCUGUUGCUUUCCAUCAAGGCUAUGGAGGGUCUUGAUAUUUUUGAGAAUGUGGGUUGUGAACUUGUGAUGGAUAUCAAUAGGUACUGAAAAUUUUGUUUUAUCAGAAGAAUACAAACAUUGGCUUUGUGCUUAAUUCCCUCCUUUGUGGAAGUUGCUCACAAAAUAACAAUGAGGAUAAGAAGUAGAAGCCGUUCCACACAUAAGAAGAGCACAAAGCAGGUCCACUUGGCUGAGGAAAUGAUCACUCAUUCCUUUAUCCAUGUAUGAUAGACUUGCAUUGGAUAAAACGUCGAGCAUGUGUUAAGACAUGGCGCGAGGAGAGUGAUCCCAUUGGUAUAUUCCCUCAUAUUAUUAAGCUGAUUCUAUAUAUAGCCAUACUUGGGUAAAUCUGUUAUAUUGUAUUUUAUUUCCCGCAGCAGUUUUUAUUCACUCCUUCCUUCAACUUUUGAACCAUGUCUGCAUUCGUAGGAAAGUAUGCAGAUGAGCUGAUCAAGACUGCCAAGUACAUUGCCACUCCUGGGAAGGGGAUCCUAGCAGCAGAUGAAAGCACAGGGACUAUUGGGAAAAGGUUUGCUAGCAUCAAUGUCGAGAACAUUGAGUCCAACCGCCAAACUCUCCGGGAGCUCUUAUUCACUUCUCCUGGAGCUCUUACUUUCCUCUCUGGGGUCAUCCUCUUUGAGGAGACGCUGUAUCAGAAGACCUCUGAAGGGAAGCCCUUCGUUGAGGUUCUCCAGGAUAAUGGCGUAGUUCCUGGGAUCAAGGUUGACAAGGGGGUCAUUGAGUUGGCAGGAACCAAUGGAGAGACAACAACUCAAGGCUUUGACUCCCUUGGCGCCCGUUGCCAGGAGUACUAUAAGGCUGGUGCAAGGUUUGCCAAGUGGCGAGCUGUGCUCAAGAUUGGGUCUACAGAGCCCUCUGAGCUUGCAAUUCAGCAGAAUGCCCAGGGUUUGGCCCGCUAUGCUAUCAUUUGCCAGGAGAAUGGGCUUGUCCCUAUUGUUGAGCCUGAGAUACUGACAGAUGGGAGCCAUGACAUAAAGAAGUGCGCUGCUGCAACUGAGACUGUGCUUGCUGCGGUCUAUAAGGCUCUCAAUGAUCACCAUGUACUCCUUGAAGGCACCCUUCUCAAGCCCAACAUGGUUACCCCAGGUUCAGAUAGCCCCAAGGUUGCUGCAGAAGUGAUUGCAGAGUACACUGUCACAGCACUCCGGCGGACAGUCCCACCAGCAGUCCCAGGAAUUGUGUUUUUGUCAGGGGGACAGAGUGAGGAAGAGGCAACAGUGAACCUGAAUGCAAUGAACAAGCUGGAAGUACUGAAGCCAUGGACAUUAUCCUUUUCGUUUGGGCGAGCACUGCAGAAAAGCACACUUAAGAUAUGGGGUGGAAAGAAAGAAAAUGUGAUUAAAGCACAAGAGGUCUUCCUGGCAAGGUGCAAAGCCAACUCUGAGGCCACCCUAGGCAAGUAUGUUGCCAGUGGAAGUUCCACUGCUGGUGCUGCUAGUGAGAGCUUGUUUGAAAAGGGUUACAAAUACUAGGAUUGUACUUGAUUCAUAAAAAAACUCAUGUCUUCUUAUUUUGUAUACUUAUAUAUAAAGUUUCAAUUUUGCUAAUCCGAUUACAUAGAUGUAUGUAUCUGUGUUGGAAAUUAACAAUAUAUAUGUUGCUCGAUUGUAUGUA